UCAAGGGAAGUAAUUAAGUCGUUACUGUUACAUAAGUUCAGAUGAAGGGACAGUUGGCAGGUGCGUGUGGACGGAGAAUUGUUGUGACUGUUUACGAUUGAGAGACUUCUCAUCGCGGUACACAUAGAAAACAUGACUACUAUAUUUUUAUAGCAUUGAAAACACUCACAAACAAAAAAGAAAGAGGCAUUAUUUAACCGGUGAGAUGUUCAUUAUUCAAACCUGUGAGCUUUUUUUUUAUCUCUCAAACGUCACUGAAGAUAACGGAAACAAAUAUCACUAACAUUGCCUUAUUUUGAUAACUUCAAUGAAUUUAUUUAAUGAAAUUCAUCAAGAGAACUAUAAAAGUAAAUAACUAUUGAGACCACACAUUGAACAUUCCCCAUAUAUAUCCACCAGCCUGUUACCACAACUACGGUCACACAUUAUCAACCUGAUAGCACAUACACAUACUUUCAUUUUCUACACACCAUAUCUGCUAUGCAUAGAUUGAUAUCUCCAGAGAGAAAGGUGUACCCAGUGAACAGUUGCCAGUCUGAGCCAAGAUGAGCUGCAAAACAACUCGCCAUUUCACCUUUGAGGUGAGUUUAACAACUCAGCCUGACGAACAUGUAUGCUUAACAGGAAGUAUUGAAGAACUAGGCAACUGGGAUCAUAAAAAAGGCAUCAUUCUUCAUCCAAAGGCACCAUCACCAAACCAUGAGGGAUAUAAUGUUUGGAGUACUGAAUUAAUAAUAACUGGCAAAACAACCUUCAGUUAUUCCUACUACGUCUGUAACAUUGUCAGUACACCAUGUAACCAAAAUGUUGACAGCUUCAUUGUAACGAGGUGGGAAGCAAACCUCACUCAAAGAACAUGGCAUCAUUCAGAUGGUUCUUCCCAGCAUGUCAGAUUCUGUGACCAAUUUGGUAUCAUUGAUGGCACCAGCUGUUCCAAUAGUGGCUGGUUGACUGUUCAAACUGAUUUGAAAUUAACUAUAUUGCCACAAUCCAUUCAGCUGCACCAAAAUGACUUGAAGCUAACUUCAGUUAAAUGUGUUCCUCUUGAAAUGUCUCUACCAGAAGAUUCAGCUCUCCCACAAACAAAUCUCUUAUGGUCAAAAGAUGCUUGCUAUGUUCUUACUGAAGAAAAUUAUCAGUCAACCAAACAGAGUAAUUUUGGCUGUGUCUACGAACCAGAUUCUGUUUUGACCUUCAAGAGCCAAGUUUUAGACUCUUCAAAGAUUGGUUUCCGUUUGGACUUCUAUGGGUGUCAUACAUCUGUAGAAAAUAAUCCAUUAACACAUGGACCUACCCAUAUUGGGUACAGCUAUAUCCUUCCAUCAAUUCUGAAGGAUUCUUUGGGUACAGCAACGACUUAUAUUUCAACACUUGAUCAAAAAAUAGCUGGAGAAAUAAAAGUGAAAUAUUGCAUAACAAAACCUCUUCAAGGACAUCACUGUUCUCUUGAAUUCUCUUAUCAAAAGCAAUUGCAGCAUCAGAAAGAUCCAUUACAUAUUGGUCAUCGAGGAAUGGGUUCUUCUUUUACACUUCCCAAUCCUCUGAUGGAAAACACUAUAGCUUCAUUUUGUGCUGCUGGUCACUAUGGCGCUGAUUUUGUUGAAAUGGAUGUGCACUUAACAAAAGAUCAUGUACCUGUGAUUUACCAUGACUUUUCUAUUGAUAUUGCUAUGGAACAGAAAGAUCCAAUGACUUUGCUUGACAACCAUACAAAAAUGUCAAUCAAAAAUCUUACAUUAAACCAAUUACAGUCAUUAAAGCUGUUCUACCGUUUGAAAGAACCUGAUUAUUGGAUGCCAAUCACCAAAACAAACGGUGACCCUGACCAACCCUUUCCUACUCUUGAGAAAUGUCUUGAAGAAGUUCCUGAAGAAAUUGGAUUUAAUGUAGAAAUUAAAUACCCUUUAGAAUGUAUUGAUGACACAAUGGAAAGCGAGGACAUCUUUGAUGCCAACUUUUUUCUGGAUGUUAUAUUGGCUAAAAUAUUUAAGCAUUCAGGAAAGCGAAAAAUUAUUUUGUCAACAUUUGAACCAGAUUUAUGUUGUAUGUUACAUUUAAAACAGAACAAGUAUCCUGUUCUGUUUUUGACACAGGGAAUAAAUAGUCAUUGGGUCUCCUACAAGGAUGCCCGUUGCCAUACAACAAGCACUGCUAUUAGCUUUGCAAAGGCUGAAUCUCUUACUGGUAUUUGUGCUCAUGCAGAAGAGUUACUGAAAGAUACAGAACUUAUGGAGAUGUGUGUCAGAGAAAAUUUGUCACUUAUUGCUUGGGGAAAUGAUAUUGAAAACUACGAUAACAUGAAGGUUUUAACUGAUUAUCCACUUACAGGAUUAAUAUAUAAUCGACUUAAAACAUCAGAGUAGUUAUGACAAAGGAAAGACAUGGCUCCACUGGGAUCAGCAGCUAAACCGUGUCAAUUAAAUAGCUUUACCAUUUGGCCAUGAAAGAAGACACAUGGCUGAAGUAUCUGUUUCAGUGGCAAUCCAGGAAGUCUGAUUUUACAGAAACUUGAAUAUAAGCUUUGUAAGUAAUAAGAGAUUAGUCAGUGCAAAGUGUUGAGAAAUAAAACUGGUAAUGUUACAAAAAUACAUUGACAGAAAACUAUUUAUGUUGGUUAGUCUUUGUAGAAAGACUAACCAAAGUGGAACUUUCAUUCCAAUCAAAUUCUCUCACUUUCUUUCGAUUUGUUCUACUGCUAGGUAAAUGACACAGGUAGCUUUCCCAAAAUGCAACACUUUGUCACAUGACUAUUCAGUCGAGAAAGAUGAAAGUACAUGUCUUAGUUACUCACUUAGGAAGUACUAUCAGUGAACACAAGUAUCAAAUGGAGCCUAAGGCUUUUAUUUCAAAAUUGGUUGUCAUUUUGGCAAAUGUCUUAAUUACUGUAUCUGAUGGCAUAUAAGACCCACUUAAAAAAAAAAAAAAUCACGCUGGCUCCUAUAUGUGAAGUUGCUUUAAAUAUUGCAUGCUUUAACCCUUUUGACGCCACAUUCCAGUUGAAAUACUUUGCAAUUUUUCAAAUAAUUUUGAAAAUAAUGACGAAUGUAGUAAAACAACUUUGUCACUAUUAAACUGGUGUAAGAUGGUGAGUUGGCAGAAUUGUUAACAUGUCAGGCAAAAUGCUUAGCGCCACUUCAUUAUGUUUUGAGUUCAAAUUCUGUCAAAGUCGACUUUGCCUUCCAUCCUUUCGGGAUCGAUAAUAUAAGUACCAGUUGAGCACUGGGAUCAAUGAACUCACUUUAACCCUUCCCUGAAAUUGCUGGCCUUGUGCCAAAAUUUGAGACCAUUAUUAAGCUGGUCUUUGGAACAUAAAUUAACAUGGAAUAUCAAUUGACAGUCUUAGUUUAAAUCACUUUGAAACAAGACGUUUGUAUCAUACAACUAGGGCCAAUCCCAGGCAGGUUGGUAUCAAAAGGGUUAAUGCAGUAAAAAUCUUUUUUUCCAGAAUUUGCCCUACUGAAAUUGGGUGUAUGUAAUAUGCCCAUGCAUCUUUUAUGCUAUCAAAUACAGUAUGCAUAGUUCAGUGCUACUGUAAAUUAAUAAUAUUGUGAGAUGGAGUUUACUGCUCAAAAUAUCAGCGACCACUGUAUAGCUGACAAUUACUUCAUUCAUUUCAAUGCUGAGCAGAAGUUUCCUAUAGAGUUAUAAAAUAACUCUAUUGAACACUACAUAAAGGCAGUUCUUUGGUGGUGGUCAUAAUAAGUUACAUAAUUUUGUUGCUACCAUUUUGAUGAAACAUAUGUAGAAACUAUGAUUUACAUAUUUAUUCUUCAUAGAUUCUGGCAGAUGCACUUGUGAAUAUGCUAACUACUGUUUAGACACAGCCCUUUACCACUUAGACUGGCCACAUCCUACUUAAAUAUUCUACCUGUCUUAUGUUCAAACUUGCCAGAUCCAGUCUCUCACACUUACUCUAUGAUGUUAGCCAUAAAAUAAAUAUUCACAUAAUCGAAAUCUCAAUGCUACAAGAUAAUGCAGGAUAAAUUCAAAUGUUAAAAGAUUAAGAGGAAUGUGUUCAUGACAUACUUGAUUCAUGAGAGCAAGGGAUUCUGGGAUGGCUGAUGUUUUGAAAUCAUUUUGUCUAAUGGAUAUACAUUCAUGAUAAAGGAAAAGCUAUUUUCCAGUGACAAAACACAACAGUUAGAUCUGUCAAAACAUGUUGAUAAAUAUACAAGUCAUUGUUUUUAUCCUUGCUGUUCACCUUACACAUGGCAAUGUAUUAUGUGUAGAAAUGUUGAGGUAAAUGACAAAAUAUUGGUUAAUGGGAAGCACAAAACCUGUAAAUUAUUUUAAUAUCAAAACUAUCAGCUUUAGGUGCUUCAAUUUAUCCAAAGAUGCUAUUCAGAAGCUGUUCAGAUAUCAAGAACUUUUCUAAAUAUUUGCAAAACAAGUUGCUAUUUUUGUUUAAGGAAGUCUACUGAUUCUUCUCCAACAAAGGUAAUUAAAAGUAAGGUUUUCAUCAUCAUCUUCAUAUUAUGGCAGUUGCCUGAUCUCUGCUAAUCCCCAAAUCUAAACAAAACUUGUCUUCCUUUUUUUAGAAAGAACAAGAAUAUUUCUGUUAAUUAUAUAUU